UCUUUGUUCGGAUAUUUUUCCAACUUUAUCGCCAAAUCUGAGCUUUAAAAUCGGUACAAAUGACAACGCGUGGAUGCGGAGGGGACGUGUUCACGAGAAAGGAUACGCCGUGGAUAUGUUUGGCUGCUUAUUCUUUUUUUAAUUCUGCGUAAUGCCACGUGUUCAAGUUUGAUGAACAGUGCGCUUGGGCGUAUGUCGUCACAUGACUCCCCUCCCCCACCCGGCGCAGGGCAUGGGGGAAGAAGGCGGACAUGUUGGAGGGAAAUGUGUUGGUUAAAGAGUAUCGAGGUGGAAGACAAGAAGAUUAUUUGAAGAGAGGUUUCGCUUUAUUUUGGAAUUUACCAGUCGGCAUUUUGUUUAUUUUAAAGUCAAGGUUUUUCCUACCAUACUUUGAAAAAUAUAUGAAUUUCUUUUUAUUUUGGAUAAUGUAACAUUUAAAAAAAACAACAGCCUAUUUUGUACUUGUAUGGGCUUCACUUGUAAAAACUUAGGUUAACGUAUUAUUUAAUACUGUGAAAAACUGCUACUUAUUUUGCUUAUUUGAGUGACAUUGCAGGGAAUUUGUAACCUUGGUGUGGGGGAUGGGUGCAUGUGGUUAGGUAACCCUUUUGUGUGGUUGUUGAAUUCAUUGUUUCAGUAGUUUUUACAGACGAUCAUUUUUGCAUAGGUCUUAUUAAUUUGGAAAUGCUACGGUUUUUGAAUAGUUUGGGUUAAAUCCAUCUUGCAAAGGCUCAAAGGUCAGAUAUAAUAUUUAUAUCUUCAAACCCUUACAAGAUUAUUAAUCUUGGUGGCGUCCUCCAGCUUUAGUGAGUAUGAUUAGUGCUGUUGGUUUGGCAAAAGCAACCUCAAGUUUGUUCAAAUGUGGUUUGUGAUCAGUGAAGGAAACUGCUGUGUCAUUCAGUGGGUAGCUGGUCCUCGUGACCCCGUUAGGCUUGGCCUUUUUGUUGUUGGUUGAAGGAAAUGGCGGCUACUGCCUCACUGUUGUACAACCAGUUGAAGUUGUGAGCUUUAUCCUUGUAGAACUUGUUUGUGAGCCCUGGAGGCCUCGUUUGACGUGGAUUCGUGUUCUGAUGCUCUGCCCUUUUUCAGCAGCAGAUAAGGUUGCGUAUUUAGGUUGUUCGUAUGCGAAAUACCAUUAUUAUGAAUAUCUAAUGUAAAAUGUAACUUAUUUCAACUAAUUCGAUCUUAAUACUUGUUUUCACUGUACUUAAAGAUGGCGGCGGCAGCGCGCCUCUUCCCUGAGAGAGGGAAAUGCGGAUAUUCUGGUGAGCAGACAGUUCGUGGGGAGAGGCUCCUGAGGGCUGCGCGUGAUCCGCUCGAAGAACCAAUCGGAAUCUUAGUAUUUGCGCUGGAAGCCCGCGUUAGAACCGUGUCGACCAAUCGCUGCCGCCGUUUUGCACACGUUGACGUAAUGUAGUAUGAUGAAGCGGAGGGUGGCCUCGCUGUCCUUCCAUUUUGUACAGGAUCAAACCAGGAGCCAAUCACAGGCCCUGUUCCUGUAGUCCGGGAUAGACUGAGCCAAUAGCAUUGCGCCGUUUUCUUGAUGGACAGUUAAAUCUUACGAAUAGGUUGGCCCGAAAGACCGUCAGUGGAACAACCGCAUGCAGGGGUGUGGCGACUUUGACGGACGCCGUGGACAGCUAAUGGGAGCGCAGGGGGCGUGAACAUUCUGAGGCAGUCUAUCCAAUAGGGCAAAUGGUUGGUCUAUAAAAGCACGGGUGUAGUCGCAUCGUCGCCAUUUCAACGAAGCUGACUUGAAGGCGGUCGCCGUGGCGGGGAACGGAGAGAACUGACGAACAGAGACGGAUCCUGGUUUGAGUCUAGCUAUAAACACAAUCCGGAUCCAUCCUGAUGGAUAUGGCUGUUAACCCGCUCCUUGACAGCUCCCUUAUUGGGGUUGAUGUUGGCUUCAUGGGAGUCACAGCGAUGGACCAGGGUUCUGGCGCCGCUGGAAAACGCAUCCGAAAACCCUCACUGCUCUACGAGGGCUUUGAGAGUCCUGGGAUGCCCCCCAUCAGUCAGAUGACCGCGUUGGGACCCCCGCAGCCCCCGGUGAAAGACCCCAACCGACAGGGCAAGAUGACCAACCAACUCCAGUUCCUACAGAAAGUCCUGCUCAAGUCUUUGUGGCGGCAUCACUUUGCCUGGCCCUUCCAUGAACCUGUAGACGCAGCCAAGCUCAGCCUGCCCGACUAUCAUAAGAUCAUCAAAAAUCCCAUGGACAUGGGCACCAUUAAGAGGAGGUUGGAGAAUAACUACUACCGCAGUGCCACCGAGUGCAUGCAGGACUUCAACACCAUGUUUACCAACUGCUACAUUUAUAACAAGCCCACAGAUGAUAUCGUACUCAUGGCCCAAUCCCUGGAGAAGGCAUUCUUGCAGAAAGUGGCUCAGAUGCCCCAGGACGAGUUGGAGAUGCCUCCACCAACUCCACGGAGCAAACCAGUCAAACCUGGCAGAAAAGGCAAAGUGUCUGGAGGAGUGACCACCGCUCAUCAGGUCCCGGCUGUCUCCCAGUCAGCGUACUCGCCUCCCACCCCAGAAACACCAGACUCCAUCCUCUCCACCCCUCCACAGACACUCAUGAGCAAGAGCUUGCCCCCUGUGCUUCCAAUUGAACAAAGCAUCCCCACCAUUACAAGUCUGCCUCCCACACAGCCCACUGCUAAGAAAAAAGGUGUGAAGAGGAAAGCGGACACAACCACCCCGACAACCGUUGCCAUGCCGAUCAUGAGCACAAUGGGCGUCAGCGGCAUCAGCCUGGGAAUGGGCGAUGGGCACAACUCGCCGCUCACCCUGACUUCUCUUGGGGUGGACCAUAACUCGGGCCUGGGGAUGAACCAAGGCCUCAGCAUGAGCCAGGGGAUGGGUUUGGGAUUAGGGAUGGGCAUGGGCAUGGGCAUGGGUAUGGGAAUGGGUAUGGGUCGUGGGACGGUGAUGAUGGGUACCAAAGCAGCAGGGAACAGCAGGAGAGGAGCGAGCGGACGGCCCAUCAAGCCUCCCAAGAAGGACUUACCAGAUUCCAUCUUGCCGACGCCGGUGCGCCGCAGCAAGCUGAGCCCUCAGCUGCGCUACUGCAAUGGUGUCCUGAAGGAGCUGCUUUCUAAGAAGCAUGCGGCGUACGCCUGGCCGUUCUACAAGCCCGUCGACGCCUCGACACUGGGUCUUCACGACUACCACGACAUCAUUAAGCAGCCCAUGGACCUCAGCAGCAUCAAGCGAAAGAUGGACGGCAGAGAGUAUCGUGACGCUCAGCAGUUCUCCGCCGACGUUAGACUGAUGUUCUCCAACUGCUACAAGUACAACCCCCCCGAUCACGACGUGGUGGCCAUGGCCAGGAAACUCCAGGACGUCUUUGAGUUCUGCUUUGCCAAGAUGCCAGAUGAGGCUCCGGCACCGCCUAGCUCCUCAUCUUCCUCGUCUUCGUCUUCCUCCUCAUCAGAGAGCGAGCUCAGCAGUGAGAGUGAGGAGAGCGAGAGCAGCCCCAGCUCUGACUCAGAGGAGGAGAGGGCGAACCGGCUGGCGGAGCUGCAAGAACAGCUGAAAGCUGUGCACGAGCAGCUCACUGCGCUCUCCCAGGGCCCCAUCGUCAAGCCCAAGAAAAAGAAGGAGAAGAAGGACAAGAAGAAGAAGAAGAAGGUAGAAAAGGAGAAGCAUCGGCGGGUAGAGGAGGAGCCGCCGCCACCACCCCCCGUCAAGCCGGUCAAGGCCCCCAAAAUCACCAAGACUCCAAAGGCAAAGACCAACCGAGCGGUGGCCUGUCCCGUCAUACCCGUAAAGAAGGCCCCGAGCAAGAAGAACAACAAGAGCAAAGCCAAAAAGAGCGGCAUGAUGUUCAGCAUGCCCCCGCCGGUCCACGAUCCCAUUGUGAGUCACUUCGACUCCGACGAGGAGGAGGAGACGGCGCCCAUGUCGUACGACGAGAAGCGCCAGCUCAGCCUGGACAUCAACAAGCUGCCCGGUGAGAAGCUUGGCCGUGUGGUCUACAUCAUCCAGUCCCGCGAGCCCUCGCUCCGCGACACCAACCCAGAGGAGAUCGAGAUCGACUUUGAGACACUGAAGCCGUCGACGCUGCGAGAGCUGGAGAGAUACGUCAUGACGUGUCUGAGGAAGAAACCACGGAAGCCGUAUGCAAGUAAAACGAACAGUGCUGGCAAGUCCCGGGAAGAACUCGCUCUGGAGAAGCAGCUGGAGCUGGAAAGGAGGCUGAUGGACGUCAGCGGUCAGCUCAACUCUGGGAAGAAGCCCACGAAGACCAAGCCAGAGAAACCGGCCACCGACACACACAUCCAGCCGUCGCGUCUCAGCGCCAGCAGCUCGUCCUCGGACUCCUCCUCUUCAUCCUCUUCCUCCUCAUCCUCGGACACAAGCGAAUCAGACUCUGGCUGAGAAGCGGGUGGGGUUCCCAAGUGGAAAAAGGGGUCACGCCAAGGACCCCUUGACCUUUCACUUCCCAGCAAGUGGACUGAGCUGUUGUAGAGCUACUGACGGAAUCGGACGAGAGCGGCGAGUGUCCCGACUCAGCGAAGCGUCAAACGUAGGAAGGACGGGACGCUCGGCUCAUUCAUCCGGUCCUGGACAUGAAAACUUUGAGGCGGAUGAAUGGAUGGAUCGCUUCUCUGGAGAAACGGCCUUGUUGGGCGGAGCGAGGGAUGCUCAGUCUCCUUCGAAUAAAAGGGGAAGAGCAGCGCAUGUGUGGGAGGGAUAAAAGGGUGCUAGAGCCAGAAUGGGGUCUUAUUUCUGGAGAUCAUUUCCCUUCUUCCCGUGCUCCCUGUCCUCAUGCUGUAUAGAUGCGGUGUACAGUUAUAUAAAUAUCUAUUUUUCUUUUAUAAAGAAGCAUUUUAUGGAGCUAAUUUAUUCCCUAAUUCUUGGGAACGAUGUUCUUGCGUGGGCGAAGUUGUGGUUUGCUUAGGUUUUUUUUUUGAGUGACAUAGGGGGGAAGUGUGUGUGUGUGUGUGUGUGUGUGUGUGUGUGUGUGUGUGUGUGUGUGUGUGUGUGUGUGUGUGUGUGUGUGUGUGUGUGUGUGUGUGUGUGUGUGUGUGUGUGUGUGUGUGUGUGUGUGUGUGUGUGUGUGUGUGUGUGUGUGUGUGUGUGUGUGUGUGUGUGUGUGUGUGUGUGUCAGUCAGUCAUGGGUGUGAGAUCCGGCACAACGAGUGCAGCCUUGUGAAGUCCCUCGUAGUUUUGACGCAGGCGUUGAAAAUCGUACUGCACGCAGACGCACCUUGGUUCAGUAGGAAACAGAAUGCAUGCAACACAGGAGCCGACUCAACACCUGAGUGCUUCCUCCCCUGCAUCCUCGUGUCCUCAUGUACUUGUUCCAAAAGGGUUCGGCCACUGUACAGAAAUGUGACAUAACUUACUCGUCAGUUUUUAUGUAGAUAUUUCUGUUCUCAUGUCGGCUGUCUCUCUCUCUCUCUCUCUCUUUUUUUCCCCAUCAUCCCGUUCAAUUUCAGUUUUUCUGUAAAUGUGUUGCUUUUUUCUUCUUCUGUGACCAAUCUGCUAAUAAAUUGUGAGGACGCGUCUCGUCCACUCACCUUGUGCCCAAAUUAACAUCCUGGUCCUUUUUUUGAUUUCCUUUGGUGUUGGACUCUGUCGAAGUUCAGAAUUCAAAGUCACGAGAAAAAGGGUUUUAUUACUGUUUCUUGGGGGGGGGGGGGGGGUUUGCGUUCUAUCUUUUAUUCAAGCAGGUGAAACGUUCUGGCUCAUUUCUCACCAAUGUAAAACUGACUUGUCUUCAAAACGAUUUGGCCUUUUAGAUCUUUUUGGGGCAACUGAGGGUUUCAUUUUAUGAGUUUUGUUAAGAGUCUUAAAGUUUUAUUUGUGUGAUUUAAAAACAUUAGUAAAAAAGGUUGUGGAAGUUUUCCUUCUGCAGCCUCGUUGGUAGGUUAACAACAUUUUAAAAGAAAAACAUGAAAGUGUUUAUUAAUCCUGGGAUCGAGUAGAAAAAAGAAAAAGUUGGUUUUAUGGUGUGAGUAAUAUUGAUGCACGGUUUGUUUGGUGGUACUACUAAAAAAGGUGAUUUUUAGGUAAGGUGUGUAUCAGCUUUGUUUUCUUUUGAAUCGUCUAUGGCUUGAAUUUGGACUUUUGUCUGUUUGAAACUGAUUAUUUAUUUAGGAGUAAAGUGAAUGGAUGCCCCCCCCCCAUGAACUUAACAUAAUCAAAAGCUUUUAAUAUGCACGGAUGAACUGUCGGGAUUGUAGAAGUGAACAUAUUUUACAGUCUCAAUCAUUUGAGCAUGUUUUUUUUCACCUUCAGUAACUUGGUUCAGAGUUUAUUUUUAUUUUUUCUUCCAGUUGCUGUUCCAAGACAAAAUACUCCAGUUGUCAGUCUUACUUCUCUGCAGUUUGUCAGAAACCUUAAUGCCUGUAUUUGACUCCCGUCAUUUCAUCUGAACAUCUGUACAUAAAUAAACUGAGACGUUCAUCUUUC